AUGUCAUCAACGACGUUCAACAGCAGGUUCAUUAGUGAGAAGGAGAUAGAGGAGCAAGGUGGUGCUCCAAAGAAGGAUGUAGAGUAUGAUCCAAGAAGUCUAUACGAGAGGCUACAAGAACAAAAGGCAAAGAGAGAUGAUGAGUGGAAUGAGAAACAUAAAGAUAAGGCAUCUGAAGGAUUGAAUGAAGAUGAUAUACAAUAUUAUCAAGAAAGAGAGCAUGAAGAGAUUGAAGCAAAGAGAAGGGAACAAGAGGAGAUUGACAGAGAACUGCGGCUCUUUAAGAGGGAGCAAGCUACUUUGGUAAUCAAGACUGUUGGUAAUGGUAGUGGUGGUGUCAGUGGCAGUAUAGUCGAUCAAUUACCAAUUACAACAUUAAUUGAUGAACCUCCUGUGCUAUUGGCGGAACCAAAGAAGAGAUUGGUCAAUGUUAAACUCAUACCAACUACAACGCUCGCUACGAAGCAACAACAGAACAACAACAAACGAACUACUACAGAGGAUAAUGAUCAGAAAGAUGAUGAUUCAAACAAGAAGCCCAAGACAGUGCCUGUUGUUGCAUCACUGUUUGCUUAUGACAGUGAUGAUGAAGAUGAACAGGAUGGCGAUGAAGAGUCCAAAGAGGAAAAUGGCAAGGACUAA